GGUAUCCCUCAACCUCAAACCGCGGGAAAGUGGUAAUCAAAACACAAAGAGGCGAGGCAGUGUGAAGUGACGACAUUUUAACGAGAUUGUGUUGAUUUGCGAGAAGUUUUACCAUGGAUAAGAGAAAGCAAGGCUUUGGGAAAAGCCCAGCUCCAGCAAAGCGUACAAGACCAGAUGAUGAUGAAGAUGAGGACUUUCCUGGGACUUUCGAAGAGGAGCUUGCGUAUAUGGAUGCCAAUGAAGGGGACUUCACGGAAUUAAUUGGACAGGGCCCAGAUACCAAUCAGACAUCUGUAAAAUGGAGUCGACCUGCCCCACCCCCGAUGAAUCCCGAUCAACAAAAUUUGGAAUUCCAGCAAAUAGAUGUGGACCAUUACACUGGGACGCCUAUGCCAGGAAUGCCAGGAUCACAAAUUGGUCCAGUUCCAGUUAUGCGUCUAUAUGGGGUGACAAUGGAGGGUAAUUCCGUUUGCUGUCACGUUCAUGGUUUUUCCCCUUACUUUUUUGUGUCUGCCCCAAAGGGUUUCAACAACAGUCACUGUAAGCCUUUUAAGGACUCUCUCAACAAAGCUGUUCUUGCUGACAUGAAAGGUAAUCGAGACAAUGUGCAAGAAGCUGUUUUAGCUGUUGAAAUUGUGAAGAAGCAGAGCUUGUAUGGCUACCGGGGGGAUGAUAUGCAGAACUUCCUUCGGGUGACUGUUGCAUUGCCUCGUCUCAUUGCUGCUUCCAAAAGGUUAUUGGAAAAGGGUGAUAUAUUCACUGCCUUGGGACCUCAUGCAUUCACUAGUUAUGAAUCAAAUAUUGAUUUUGACAUCAGAUUUAUGGUGGAUGCAAACAUGGUUGGUUGUAACUGGAUUGAACUACCAGCUGGAGCCUGGAAAAUGAGAAGCAAGGAUAGCAAAACUAAACCAUUUGCGUCCAGGUGUCAAAUUGAGGUUGAUGUCUCAUGGGAGAAACUUAUUUCUCACCUUCCUGAAGGAGAGUGGGCAAGAGUGGCCCCUUUCCGUAUUCUUAGUUUUGAUAUUGAGUGUGCUGGGCGUAAAGGUAUUUUUCCUGAGCCCACCCAUGAUCCUGUCAUUCAAAUAGCAAACAUGGUUAUACGUCAAGGAGACUCAGAACCUUUUAUUAGAAAUGUAUUUACCUUGAAUACUUGUGCUCCAAUUGUUGGAUGUCAGGUUAUAAGCUGUGAUAAAGAAACUGAAAUGCUGGAGAAAUGGGCUGACUUUGUGAGAGAGGUUGACCCAGAUAUUUUCACUGGAUACAACAUAACAAAUUUUGAUUUUCCUUAUCUAAUAAAUCGAGCCAAACAUUUGACUGUGAAAAAUUUCACAUAUUUGGGAAGAGUAAAGGAUAUACAAUCUGUUAUUAAGGAAUCUCAACUAUUUAGUAAACAAAUGGGACGUCGGGAAAACAAAAACGUAAAUUUUGAAGGACGAGUUCCAUUUGAUUUGCUUUUGGUCUUGGUUAGAGAUUACAAGUUGAGAUCCUACACAUUAAAUGCAGUUAGUUACCAUUUUCUUCAGGAACAAAAAGAGGAUGUACAUCACUCUGUUAUCACAGACUUGCAGAAUGGGACAUCUCAAACAAGACGUCGUCUUGCUGUCUACUGUCUGAAAGAUGCCUAUCUACCACUUCGACUUCUGGAGAAGUUAAUGUGUAUUAUUAACUACAUGGAGAUGGCUCGUGUAACAGGUGUGACUCUGGGAAGUCUCCUGACUAGAGGACAGCAAAUUAAAGUAGUUUCACAACUGUUGCGCAAAGCUAAAGAACAUGAUUAUAUUAUGCCUACGUACCAAAGUACUGGAGGUGAUGAUCAGUAUGAAGGUGCUACAGUUAUUGAACCAAAGAGAGGAUAUUAUGGAGAUCCAAUUUCAACUUUGGAUUUCAGCUCUCUAUAUCCAAGCAUUAUGAUGGCCCACAAUUUGUGCUACACAACACUUCUGCAGGCCAAUAAUAGGGAAAAACUGGGACUGACACCAGACCAGUACUCACAUACACCCGCCAAUAACUACUUUGUGAAGGCAUCGGUUCGCAAAGGACUUUUGCCCGAAAUUUUAGAAAGUCUUUUAAAUGCCCGUAAAAAGGCAAAAGCUGAUCUGAAGAAAGAAACAGAUCCCUUCAAACAGAAGGUGCUUGAUGGACGUCAAUUGGCUCUGAAGAUAUCAGCUAACUCAGUUUAUGGGUUUACUGGAGCCCAGGUUGGAAAACUACCAUGCCUUGAAAUUUCUGGAAGUGUCACAGCUUACGGACGUACUAUGAUUGAGCAAACCAAAACUGAAGUGGAAACCAAAUAUCGUAUUGAAAAUGGUUAUGAACAUGAUGCUGUAGUUAUUUAUGGAGAUACUGAUUCAGUAAUGGUUAAAUUUGGAGUUAAAACUCUUGAGGAGGCUAUGAGGCUGGGUCAGGAGGCUGCUGAAUAUGUUACCUCCAAAUUUAUUAAACCAAUUAAAUUGGAGUUUGAAAAAGUUUACUUCCCAUAUCUUUUAAUCAACAAGAAGAGGUAUGCAGGCCUGUACUUUACUAGUGCUGACAAGUAUGACAAAAUGGACUGCAAAGGUUUGGAAACAGUUCGCAGAGACAACUGUCCUCUUGUUGCAAACAUGAUGAAUACUUGUCUGCAAAAAAUUCUUAUUGAUCGAAAUCCUGAUGGGGCUGUAGCUUAUGCUAAACAGGUUAUUUCUGAUCUUCUUUGUAAUCGAAUUGACAUAUCAAACUUAGUAAUCACAAAAGAACUAACUAAGUCAGACUAUGCUGCUAAGCAGGCUCACGUUGAACUUGCUGCAAAAAUGAAAAAGCGUGAUCCAGGCAAUGCUCCAAAAUUGGGAGAUCGAGUGCCCUAUGUACUUACAUCUGCAUCAAAAGGCACCCCAGCAUAUAUGAAGGCUGAGGAUCCUAUAUAUGUACUUGAAAACAGUAUCCCAAUUGAUUUCACCUAUUAUCUGGAAAAUCAGCUGUCUAAACCUUUACUUAGAAUAUUUGAGCCAAUUCUAGGUGAUAAAGCUGAAUCUAUACUGCUUCGUGGUGACCAUACACGAACAAGGGCAGUUAUGACAUCACGGGUUGGUGCUCUGUCUGCUUUCACUGUGAAGCGUCAAGCUUGUCUUGGAUGUAAAGCUGUGUUACCUAAAGAUCAAGAAGCCAACGCUCUAUGUUCACAUUGCUCACCCAACGAAGCAAAGCUCUUCCUCUCUGAACUGCAGAGGUACCGUGGUCUGGAAGAUAGAUUCAGUAGACUGUGGACUGAAUGUCAGCGGUGCCAAGGAUCCUUACAUGAAGAAGUCCUGUGUACAAGCCGUGACUGUCCUAUAUUCUACAUGCGUAAGAAGGUCCAAUUGGAGCUUGUCACUCAAGACAAGGCUCUUGAAAGAUUUGGUGACCCAACUUGGUGAUGUAGUAGUCCUCACUGGUUCAAAAUGAUCUCUGUUCCUUUUUGAACUCUAAUAAUAAUCAAUGGAAUAUAGAAAUAAAUACGUUGUGUGAUUGUUUCCUGUAUGUUAAUUUGAAUUUGAGUCAUAUUUUAAUAGUCAUUUGGUUAUUUAAAAUAAGUUUAAACAUUCACUUUCAAUCAUUUGUAAAUUGUAAUUCAAUUGUUUGUUAAAAUUUUUAAUGUGUAACAUUUUAAAAUAAAAUAGUACUGAAUUCAGCAGAA